CAAAGAUGGCGCUACACGUUAACGUGGAAAAUAUUCGUUGACUUUUCCGAAGUUUUUCAAAAGUGCCUUUUUAUAACAUAAAAUUAUGUUAUAUUUUAAAUCUUUAUUUUAUGAGAAUUCCCAAUACUUACCAAUGAAAAUAAUUUGUAAAACAAAGUGAAGUGCUUGAGUAGUUUUGUAAAGAUUAAAAACAUAUCAACAAGUAGUCGGUAUUUACACUAAAACUAACGUUUCUAAAAUUUUUUGUCUCAGAUGUAUCGUUAAAAAUUUUGUACACGCAUCUGUAGUUUUUACGAACCACUCAUUGAACAUGCAUAAAAAUUAGCACAAAAGUAAAUAAAAAUCAUAUAAAAAUGGAAUGAAGCUAACCUAAAAAGUUUGUAAACAAAGUGUAUUUUUCAAAGUAUUUACAUUGCCCAGCAAUAAAACCCAGUCACAAAAUGGAACUUGAAGAUAAUGUAAACCCAGCAAGUGCCUUGGAUGCAUCUGUAGAAGCACCAAAUGAAGAAAAUCAUAAACAGGAUGUCACAGAUAUCCCACCAAGGAGCUCCAAAAUUUCUAAUUUGGACAUUUGUUUUUUGGUAAUAUCGAUUAUUGCACAUUGUAGUGAUGUCUGCGUUGAUGUUAAUCUGGUUGUACAGUACUAUUUAAAUGAAAAAUUACGAAUGUUUGCGUGGACCAUAACUUUAAUAAUGGUUCCAUCAUUUAUUAAUACAAUUGUGAGUUUGCAAAUGUAUCGACAAGAUGAAGAGGAAAAUGAACAAGGCAAGGAGCGUACGAAAAGUAAAUCAUUUGUAAGAGGUGUAGGAAAAGUCAUUGUAGUAUUUUUCAUAGUAAUGUUUCAAUUUACUAUGGCUCAACGUUGCUUUCUGAGUUUGAAAUAUGCACUGAAAUCGCGUGCUUGUAAGAAAAAAGAUGACAAAGUUGGACAAAGAAAGUAUUUUAUUAAAAUGUUAAAAGAAGAACAAGAUAUUGCUCUUCUCAGAGUACUUGAAUGUUUUAUUGAAGCAGCGCCACAACAAAUUUUGCAAUUAUCAAUCUUUGUACAAGACUACUAUGGUGAAUUCAGCAUUAUGUCUCUGCAUCAGGUUAUUAGUAUUGCUAGUUCUUUUAUUAGCUUAGCUUGGGCCAUGGUCAGUUAUCAUCGCAGCAUUCGUCUUGCUCAAGUGGAUAAGAAAAAUAUUGAUUUUGUAGGCUCUGUCCUUCAAUUUCUUUGGCAUCUAUUCAUUACCACCUCGCGGAUCGCAUGUGUAUCAGCAGCUGCUAUAUUCUCAACACUGUGUGUCAUAUUAGCCUGCUUUUUCCACUGGAUUGGAAUGACACUAUGGAUCAUUAUGGAGUCUCGAGGAUUAAUUAAUUUUUGCCAAAAACCAAACAGAGCACCUCAUUUGCCACUUACUUUAUCAGAAAGAAUCAAAUCUACACUGUUCUCCUGUGUAUUAGGAUUUGUCUAUAUUUUUAUCUACUUAAACCCCGAGGAUACCAACACAUACACUAGGCAUCUCUUCUAUUAUACAAUAUGUUUAUUAGAGAACAUCUCAGCAAGUAUCUUAAUACUUUUAAGUUUGCCUUCUGAUGUGAGCAUUGUGUGGUAUCAUUAUUUAAUAUCUGCUACUUGCAUUAUUCCCUUCAUAAUAGGUAUUAUCAUUAUGAUAUUCUAUUACCUGAAAUUCCACCCAUCAAUGAAGCAUCAUAUGUUUAACUUUUCAAGGCUGUUAAAGAUAAGAUGAAAAAUGACGGAUUCGUACUGAAAAUCAUAUUUUUUAAUAAUUUUUAUUUAAUAAUUUAAUCUUGACGUGAUAAAGAGAGCAUUUGCAAUAGCAAAAUAACAAUAAUUAUAAAUUCGUAAUAAAGUUAUAAACAAUACAAUACCAUUUUAUAAUCAAACAGGAAAAUAUUUCCCAACAUUUUGUUCAAGUAAACAAUAAAAUAUAGUUUACAAAACUACAGACUACACGCGCGCAACCAACCUUGAUUGCGCAGUCACAUUUACAAUACAAAUACUAUGAUCUAAUGGAAAUGUAUGGUUGUGUACUUUAUCUUUUUUUAUAAUACUAAUGCUUUCUUACGUAUGUAUACUAAAAGACUGAAAAAUCAGAUUGUCGAUUUAAAUAGGAAUUUUUUGUAUACUCUAUUAUGCAUUUUUUUGUAAAACGUCAUUUUGCACUAUUUACUGCCAAAAAGACGAAGAUCUAAUUUUAAAACUACAUCUCCUCUGUCGACUUCUCGUAGCCUAAUUCGCUUUGUGAUGGGACCACAAGCAUCCGUACUAUCUCUUACUAUAUCAACUACCCGAACUUCCGCUCGGCCGAGAAACUCUGAAAUGUAAAGAUAACUUAAUAAAUAUCACAGAAAUCUAGGAA